AUGAAAGCAAAAAUCAAAACUUUUAUAAUAGAUAAUUUUAGAUAUGAAAUAUCGAAAGACCAGGUGGCAAAAAUGCUAAAGAGCGAAAACAUACCUUUAAAGACAUAUAAUGGUUUUAUAUUCAAGAUCCUAUUAAAAUGUGAAUAUUUGCUCAAAAUCACAGGUGUUCCGAGGGCAUUGAAUAUCAAUACUUUCUUAGAUAAAGAGUUCCUUUUUGAUGAUCUAUUUUUGGUAAAUAGCAGAGGACAAGAAGAGGCUUUUGAAGAAGAGAAAACCUUGUUUGAAAAGAAAGAAAUCCCAAUAGAAUAUUAUUCCAGCACAAUGCAUCUAUCAUAUAGACUACUUGGUAGAAUGAUAGCAGAAGACGAAAUUCAACAAAGAUUCAGAGAAUGCUCUAUUGGAUUGGGACUAAGUAACGGAGUUGGAAAGAAGUGUGCCGAACACUUGAGAAAGGGGCUACAAGUGUAUGUUCAAAAAAUAGUGAAUAGAUGUAAUAGCAAAAUAACAAUUACUAGUCUUAAAACUGGUCUAGAAAAACACAUGCGUCUGUUUAAUGGAUUAGACAUGUUUUAG